UGCCCGAGCUAGCCCCGGUGCCUCGCUCCCACAUUAAAGGGCGUUGGAAAAUCUUGCAGCCGCCGGAGCCAUGAAGACGCACUUCUGCAUCCCGGUGUCCCAGCCGCGCCCCGACGCGCUGGGGGGCCGCUACGUGCUGUACUCGGUGUAUCUGGACGGGCUCCUCUUCUGCAGGGUGCGCUACAGCCAGCUGCACCGUUGGAACGAACAGCUGAAGCGGGUCUUUGGAAAUGGCCUGCCACCCUUCCCACCAAAGUACUAUCUAGCAAUGACUACAUCUAUGGCUGAUGAGAGGAGGGAGCGGCUGGAACAGUAUUUGCAAAAUGUCACCAUGGACCCAAACGUGUUGAGAAGUGAUGUCUUCAUUGAUUUUUUAAAACUGGUACAGCUGGACACCUUUAGCAUCACUACCAAGAAAGCCUCUCUGGAUAUAUUCCUGCCUGAUGGAAAGAGCAUCAAAGUUGAAGUUCUAACAUCAGAUACUGCUGAGAGAGUUCUAGAGGUGGUAUCACACAAAAUUGGACUGUGUCGGGAGCUCCUGGACUACUUCGGCCUAUUUCUCAUUCAGUUUUGCAAGGAGGGCAAGCUCUCUGUCAUGAAAAAAUUGGCAGACUUCGAACUCCCCUAUGUCAGCCUUCGAAGUUCUGAAGUAGAAAACUGCCAGGUUGGACUCAGAAAGUGGUACUUGGAUCCAUCCCUCGACGUUGUGCUGAUGGACUGCAGAGCCGCCGUGGAUCUGAUCUACAUGCAGGCAUUACAAGACAUUGAAAAAGAAUGGGCCAAACCCACACAGGCGCAGAGGCAGAAAUUAGAGACUCUCCAGAAGGAAGACAACCAAACAAAGUUUUUGGAGCUGUCCCAGGAGGUACGACACUACGGCUAUAUGCAGCUGGACCCUUGUACAUGUGACUACCCAGAACCUGGCUGUGGGACUGUCCUUUCUGUUGGCAAUAAUGAGAUCAGCUGCUGCAUAACCCUGCCAGAUAACCAGACCCAGGAUGUCACUUUCCAGAUGAACAGAGUGAAGUGUUGGCAAGUCACCUUCCUUGGUACGCUGUUGGAUGUGGAUGGGCCCCAGCGAACUCUCAACCAGAACUUAGAGCUCAGGUUUCAGUAUAGUGAGGACAGUCACCGGCCAUGGUUUGUUUUUUAUACCAAACAGGCUUUUUUACUGAGUAGCUGCUUGAAAAAGAUGAUCUCAGAAAAGACAGUAAAGUUGGCUGCAGAGAACCCAGAAAUGCAGAUUGAAGUUCCAGAACAAGGCAGAAGUAAAAAAUACUUUCAACAAAGCCAGAAAGACUAUUCUAAUUUUCUAUCAAGAAAAAGCAAGAUUAAGAUAACCAAAAUUGACUGUGUUUUUGGAAACAUUAAAGAAGAAGACCUUUGAAGAGAAAAUCUCACUCU